AUGGAGAGAAGCCAGGCAGAAACCCCAAAGGCCAAACUCCUCUACCAGGAGGUGUGCUUGGCAGUUCAGCAUCUUGACCUUUUCCUUCAAAAGGGAAAUGCCCACAAAGAGGUGUUCAAGUCACACAUCCUGGCCCUCAGAGAUAUAGUUCAGAAAGCUUGUAUUAAACUCAUGUUCUUGUACCCAGUGGCUUAUGGGAGGAAGGCAGAAGAACUGUUAUGGAGGAAAAUGUACUCUGAUGUUGUCAUGCUGCUAAUGAAGGACAAUAGAAAAUACAUGGACACUUUUGAACACUGGGAAGGUUCCUUGCAAGCUCACCUGAAAGGUGGCCUCAAAUUCUAUGAGCAUCUCUUCCUGUUCCUCCAGGGUCACUAUGAACUGAGGUUACAGAGUUAUAUAGAUUGGCCUCACAGUGUGAUUCACUUGAUUGGCUGUAAGAAAGUUGGGCCCACAUCAGAGGAGGAGGUCACUUGGGCUCGAAUGGCCUGCCAUCGCUGCCUACUCUACCUGGGAGACUUGUUCCGAUAUCAGAAUGAGUUCUUAGACCUGGCCACCAAGGACUUGGCAGAGAGAUGCUAUUACAGAGCCCUGUCAGUGGCCCCACACAUGGGGAUGCCCUUCAACCAGCUGGGAGCUCUCAUGGGGAGCAAGUACUAUGAUGUUGAAGCCGCAUACUUCUAUCAGCGCUGUCUCCACUCAGAAGUACCUUUUAAAGGGGCAGCUUGGAACCUCAAACAGCUCUAUGAUCAUGCAGGGAAGAGGUACAGCAGUCUGAAAAGGUAUCAGGGAAAGAAACUAUCUCGCAGCCAGAGGCAGUGUUGGGACAACAAGAGGCUGCUGGUUAGCUUCCUCUACCUUCAGAGCCUCCUGCAGCCUCAGAGAAAAUUCAGAGUGAUUAGGUUGAUAGCCCUGUGCCAGUUGGUUCUGGAGGAUUUUCGUCUCUGUCUUUCUUAUCGGCUGUGUUCACCUAACCCAUGCCAGGCUUCCAUACAAGGAAAGGCCCCCAAAGGCUAUCUGUUUCUACCAGACCUCCUCAUCUUCCAUAUGGUGGUACUUUGCCUCAUGAAUGUGCAUGGCCUGAGGAAAGCAGGCUCAAAGCAGCAUAAGCCAGCUGUCAUCUUCACCUUGACUCUCUUCUCUCAUCUAAUUCAACAUGUGAAUGCACGGAUCCAGGCUGAACUCCAGAAAGGGAAGCUGACUUCAGAGCUGGCUGUCCCCAGUGAUGGAGACCAGGAGAAAGAGACUGUGAAGGGUCAACAAGACUUUCCAACUCUGAGGCUCCACCACAGCAGAUCCCAGCAAAGCCCCAGGUGGUCUUGUGUUUCUAGUGAGUGUUACAGCUCUGAGGCUAGUUUUCAUUCCUGCUGUGACUCUGAUGAGACAGAAGAAGAGGAAAACACAUCCUUAAGCUCACAGGUCCACUCAGAAACAAAUAGUGCAACUUCUCAUUCAGAUACAACUGAUGAAGAAGGGAAUGGAUCUCUGAACUCAGAAGCAGUGUGGGGAAGUGGGACCACAUCCAAACACAAGACUGCCAGUCCCAGGAAUGAAACUAAGGCACACAAACCUAGUAGUCCUCUCAGUCUCUUGCAAACAACUAUUUCUGCUAAGCUGCCAGCUCCAGUAAGUGGAAAGCUGCCAAGAGGACAUGGCUUGCACAUGGCUCCUGCCUUCAGUCACAGUGCCCUGAAGCAGUCUGAGCUGAGCCCUGCCUCUGACAGUAGCUCGGGCUCUGAGGAGGACAUGAGCAGCUUUCCUGAAAUAGAGUGGCACACUGGUUCCUAUUUGGGGCAGAGUGCCUGCCUUGACCAGUCUUACACAAAUCUCCAGACCAUUCAAAAGAAAUUUAAGGUCCUCUCUGCUGAGGGAUUGCUGCCCACCAUCAAGGUGAUCCUGGGCUGGCUUCGCACUAACCAUGGCCUCCUCACCUCACAUUGGCAGAGUUCUCUUAGCCUGUGGGACCAUCUGUGUGUGCUACUGAACCUGCUGCCCUCAGUGGGUGACCUUCAGCAACCAGGUCUGGGCCUGUCCCACCGUCUCCAUGAUUUGCUACGGAGCUGCACAGGCCCACACACUUCCAGAUUCCUGCAACUCCCUGAGGACAUUGCCCUGUUCCAGCUCUGUUCAAUGCAGGCUUCUCAGGAGAAUGUGGGAUUAGAGCAGGACCCACCUCCACUCAGUACCCAGGAUGAAGCUGCCCUGCGCAUCUGUUUCCUUAGAAGUUUUGGCCACUUUGCAACCAGACUCCCAGGACAGUUCCUGAGGUUUGACUCUAGGUUGGGUUUGUUUGUGAGCAGUACACCUGGAGGACAAGAAAAUCCAUCUUGGCAGUUUCCUGAGAGAACUUUAAGGAUCAGGUUUUCCAAAGACAUAGUCCAGCUCUGGCUUCAACGGGAAGUGGUGCUGCUAGAGAAGACACUUAGGGGCCCCCAGACUCAUUCAGCUUUGACCCCUUACCUAUUCCCUGAUCCCAGGGCCCUCUGUGAGCAUCUUCCAGUUAUCCAGCAACUUGCCAUAAGUGGUAAGUUUUUCCUUAUAAUACCAAAAAUUGUGGUUGACACACUGUACGUCCUGAGAAGGGAAGAUCGAAAAGUCUUGGCAGCCAUCGCCUUCCUAGAAGAUGAAUUGAAGAGAGGGAACCAGAACAUUCUCUGCCAAUUCUUUGUAUCUAAGAGGUUGUUGAGGCCCAGGAUGACCAGGUCAGAUUCUGAUGCCUGGGACCUCUUUAAUAUUCUUGACUUCUGCAAAGAUCUGCUGGAUUCAUCCAGGCCAGGGACACCUGAUCCCAGAGGCAUGGUGACUAUUGUCACUGGUAUCUGUUUGGACAACCCUAGGAAUUUCUCAUACCCUCUGCAGUUGGUGCUGGGGGCAGCAACUGAAGCUGGUGUGGAAAUCAAGAAUAUCCUGCAUUUCUGCAGAGAGCAGAAGGCAAGCAGCUGA